GUGAUAUGGUCUGGACUUGCAAUGACAGCAGGAAGAGGUUUCGGUUGCAGUGUCCCGCUGGGUCUGCUGGGGCGCUGACGCCGCGCAGUUGCUCGGCGCGUCCAAGAGACGCACCCAAUGAGCAUGGGACUGCAUAUCGGCUUUGGGGGUGCAACGGGGCAGGCUCGUGGGCAAGCGCGGGCAGUGUAGAACCACCCGCAAGUGAGCCAGGAUGGCUCGCCAAGACAGCGCGGCCCGCACGCAGCGAGCACCGGCAGCGAGCACCGGCAAGCACCGCUCGGCGGCAGCAUCUAGGCAGCACAAGCGCUGGGGCCCACACGCAAGUCACUAUGAGGUGCUGGGGCUGAAGUUUGGCGCAAGCGACGAAGACGUUCGCAAGGCCUACCGCGAGGCGGCGCGCUGCCUGCACCCCGACAAGGGCGGCAGCGCGGAGGCCUUUGCGCGGCUGCAGGCGGCGUGGGAGACGCUGCGCGACCCGGGCCGCCGCGCCGCCUACGACGCCUGCGCGCACGACUACCGGCACCAGUACGUGCCGCAGGAGCGACAGAGGUCCAGCGGCGGCGAGGCAGCUCUGCUGGCGGAGCUGGCAGUAGCCGCGGCGAGGGCGGCAGCCUACGGAGCUGCAGCAGGCGGCGGCGGCGGAGGAGGAGGAGGAGGCAGUGCAGGUGCGGGCGCGGUGGUGGCGGGCUGCCAGCUGGUGGUGACGUGCGAGCUGUGCGGCCGGCCCGCCACCCGCGCCUGCUCGCUGUGCGGACUGGACUUCUGCAGCUUCUGCGCGCGGAGGCAGCACUGGAGGGGUGUCCACGGGCUGCACUGGCCGGUGGUGCUGGCCAGUGGCUCGCUGGUGGAGGCGCUGGGGCGGCGCGAGCUGGAGGCCAAGAGGCUGGAGGACGACGCCAGGCUGCUGGCGGCUGACCCGCACCACCGCACCGAGACGCAGCUGCGAGAGCUCCGCGCCUUCAACGAGGCGGCGGCGCUGGCGGCGGCCCGACCCGGCCGAGAGACGCGUCACGACCCGGCACUGGCCCGGCUGUACAUGUGGACACAGACUCGCCGCCACGUGCUGCUGGCGGUGCACCUGCCCAACGGCCGGCACGACCUGGAGGUGGAGGCGGAGCUGGCGGCCGGCGGCGUGCUGCGGGUGGGCGUGGCGGGCGGCGGCGCGCCAGCGGUGCUGCGGGCGCUUGCGGAGUCGCUGGAGCCGGCAGCGCCUGUGGAGGUGCACAGGACCGGUGAUGGGCGCUUCGCAGUGCUGGUCCUGGCCAAGGCACUGCCGCCACACGCCCACGCCCACGCCUACACCCACACCACCACCGCCACCGCCGCAUCCGCCGCACCACCUGCGACGCCUGAGCCCAGCACUGUGGACGUCUCAACCACCAGUCCUCCCGCGCUGCCGGCGCCGCCCGUGGCAUGGCCCUGGGCCUCCGGAGGAGGCGGAAGCGGAGGCGCCCACCAGGGCUCGUCGUUGUCGCCAGCCUGGUGGAGGCGGCUGUUCGUGGGCGACAGUGACGGCGCACGCUGCUGCCUGCCACCGCCCUACACGCUGCACCAGGCUGCAGACGACGAGGUGGUGUUGGAGCUGCCGCUGCCCUGGUGGGUGGCGGCGGAGGACGUGGAGGUGCAGCUGGCCGACCCACGGGGCCUGAGCCUGGCGGUGCGGGGGCUGGGGCUGCAGCUGCACCGGACCUACUGGCUCAACAGCUCCGAGGCGGCCCGGCGGCCCGGCGAGUACUCCCCUGUGGUGCCCCAGGCCAGCUCGUGGUGCCUGGUGCCUGAGGAGGAGCCGCCGGCAGCAUGUGCAGCGACGGCGGCGGGAGCGGGAGCGGGAGUAAGAGCGGGAGCAGGAGCCGGAGCGGGGGCAGGUGCAGGAGACGCGGCGGCGCCAGCUGCAGGCGGGCCGGCUGUAUCGUUCGGUCUGCGGCGUGGCCGGCGGCAGCGGCAGCUGCUGGUGGUGACGCUGGCGCGGCCGCCGCCCACCCCCGAGGAGGUCAUGUACAAGAAGGGUCUGCGGCAGGACAACCGCCAAGCCGCUGGGCCCGGCGGCGGUGGGGUGGAUGGCACGGGCCGGCGCGGCGAGCGGUUCUUCCUGGAGGACUGCGACCCGCUGGGGCUGGGCCACCUGCUGCAGGCCGCCAGCUUCCUGGUCGAGGGCGGGACCUGGGUGGUGCCGCCGCCCUGGCAACCCGAGGAGCCGCUGGCGGGCCGUUGGGUAACUAAGGAGCAUCAGCUGCCGGCGGCGGCGCGGGAGCACCUGAGCCGCAUGCGUGCUGCCACUGCGUCCGCGCCACGGGCGAGGUCGUCCGAGGUAUAGACAGAAGCCCCUGUCAGUGAGGCGGCUGGGGGCAGUCGCGCUGGCAAACAUGAGGCGGCGUAUGAGAUCCUUGUCUGUGCGGCCUGAGACAGGUUUCGUUUGGACGGGGAGAGUCAUCCUACAGAGUUGCAGAUGUUCGGGUGCAAGGGCACUCUCGGCGGUGGCUUGCGCAGCAUGCGGUACUGGCAGCACGGCAGCGGCCAGCAUGUGAAUGGGGGAGAGGUGUGGCCCCAGAAAGCUGCAAGCGCAGGGGAGAAGGCGCCCCAAUUUGGAUGGCACACCAAAGCGGUAGCAAAGCUGCAUGGCCGCACUGGAGGCCUGGUGGCGUUACGAACGUGUG